AUUAUCCUGCUCGCGGGUACAGGUUUAAGCUAAAUGAUUUUCGUUCCACGAAAGUAAGUUAACCCAGCCUUUUCUUCAAACAGAAACGUCGAAAAUGGAGAAAUUGGGAUCAGAUGUGAAAUGUCUCACAGAGGACUUGCUGCAGAAACAGUGGACAGAUUAUGGCGAAGUCAUAGAGAAACUUUUUUCUGAAGUCUCUGCUUUAGAGUUUGCCAAAAUACCAAAUUUGCAGCUUGCUGAAUGUGCCGUCCAGCUGUGGAACUGGGCAGUCACUAAAAAUCUGGGUGAUUCUUUAAGUAAAAUCCAACAAGCCAAAGUCCGUCACGUUGCGUGCAGCCUGCUGUACUGCUGUGAGCCGGAGAAUCCAACAGAGGGCGCCAUCCGCAAGCAGAUCCUGAUGGCCAGCAAAACAGGGAGAACCUGGCUGGAGUGCAAAAAUCCCCAGAUGGCAGAUAAUUUCUUGAGACUCGCUGUCAAGAGCCUGGAAACCCUCUACAGCCAGCUGAUGACCAGAGGCGAUGCAGCUGACAGCUCCUCUUCCAAGGCGGAUGUGGAGAAGGACCUACUGCGAAUUCUGUCAUGCCAGGCAGAGUCGGCCUUGGCUCAGGGGAAGAACCAAGAAGCUGUGGCCUACAUACAGCGCUGUAAAGACAUGUUGCAGCGGCUACCAAAAGAUACGGCGUACCUCUCCCUCAUUUGCUACAACUUUGGAUUAGAAACUUACAAUCUGAGGAAGAUGGAGGACAGCGCUUUCUGGUUGAGCCAAAGCUAUGACAUUGGGAAAAUGAAUGUGAAAUACGGCCCUGGAAAAGACGUUCUGGCCAAAGCUUUGCGGCUCCUUGCCACCGUUUAUUUAGAGUGGGACUGCCAGAAAUUUCAGGAGAAGAGUCUGGAUGCUGUCAACUUCGCCAACAAGGAGUGUGCAAGUACAUCUGGACUGUAUUUAAAGAUUAGAAUCCUUCUGAGAUGCGGGGCCCCAGAUGAUCAUAUCAGAGCAGGAGUUAACGAGAUGCUGGAAUCCCAGGUUCCUCUUGAUGUCUGUCUGAGCAUUGUGAAACUCCUCAUGGCUGAAGACAGAGAACAGCUGUCCUUUGAGUUUUUGAAACGUGUAUGUCAGCACUUCGACUCGUCCCCUGACCUGGGAAAUGCUCUGGUGUUGCACAUUGAGCUGCUGCUGCAGAAAGGCAAGGAGCUGCUGGCCAAACAGAAGAUAGAGGACAUCAUCACUGGCCACCAUACUGGUAAACAGCUGGCGCCCCAGGCACUCACCAGUUUGCACGUCAUGCUGUGGGAUCAAGGAUCCAAACAUUUUGAGGCUGGUCAGCACUCUGAUGCUCUUCAGUGGUAUAACUACUCCUUGAGUUUCUUCAAGUCGGGUCAAAUGGAGCCUAACUUGGCCAGACUGCAGAGGAACAGAGCGUCUUGCUUUCUGCAGCUUCAGCAGCUGGAAAAGGCUAAAGAAGCCGUUAAAGAGUCAGAAAGAUGUGAUCCUGGAAGCAUCUUCACUCAGUUCAGUGUUUACAAGAUUGCUGUUCUAGAGAGCAAUUCAGAGAAAGCUGCAGAGGCAGUGAAUGCCAUGGGACUUCUGUGUAAGAGUUCUGUACCCAGCAAGGACCGGCUGCUGGUUUCCGAGAUUUCGGUCUCCUAUCUCCUCAGCCUGGCUGCUCAGAUGGCUUUGGAGAACGGACAGGAGGAAACCGCCAUGAAAGCUCUGGAUGUUUUGUGUAAAAACUCAGACGAUCCAGCUCAGGUUCUGACUGGUCUGAGGUGUUUGGUUCGGCUCAAAAUCGCUGCAGACAAAUCAACCGAGGAGAUGAGGGAUGUGAAUCUGGACGUCCUGCUGCCAUAUCUAAAACUGGCGUUGCAGACCGUUUCACACCAGCCGAAAACGACUGCUGAGCAGUUCACUGAGGAGACGAACUGGUUCAGAAAAAUCGCCUGGAACUCGGCUCUGCAGUGUGAGAGCUGCCCCGACAAAAUGAGGGAUUUCUUUGUGCUGUCCUAUCAGUUUUCCCUGCUGUGCCCUCCUGACCGCACACUGCUCAUGGGUCAGAGGACGUGCCUGCUGAUGGCUGUUUCCACCUCUUUGGAGCUCUUCAGGAAGUCGCCUCAGUACGCCCAGGCUGAGGAGCUCACUCUGGCUUUGGAGUACAUCCUGACCUGUUGGGAGGUCUGGAAAACCCUGAAGUCAUCAGGAAACGUCGCACAGGACCCCACAGAGUCGCUGCUGCUGCUUUAUGAAUUCGAAACUCGUGCCAAGCUGAACGAUCCAAAGGUUGAGACUAUACUUGACUCCGUUCUGGAGCUUGAAAAUGUGGAAACUAAAAUGUUGGAGACCAUGGCAGCCUUAGCCAUGGAGCCUCCUGCCUACUUCCCUCAGCUGUGUAAGAAGGCCCUGAGAGUUGCUCUCUCUCUGCACAAGAAACAACCACAGGUGGACCUGACCAACUGCAGCAAGUGUGUUCACAGUCUGAUCAAGCUGUCCCUUCCAAGCGGCGUGUCAGAGGUGGAGGCCCAUGUGCUGCAAGAGGUGUGGGAUUACUUUGAGGAGGCCCUGUCCAUCAUCUCAGCUGCACCAGAUGACUUCCCAGAGAUGGAGACCCUGUGGCUGCUGACUCAAGCUUGGAACACGGGGAUACUGCUGUACAGCUUGGCCCAGUACCUCGAAGCUGAGAAGUGGUGCGGUCUUUCCAUGAGUUUCAUCCGCCACUUGGGAGCUCUGCAGAAGAGCUACGAGAAGCAGAUGUCUGGUCUGUACAGUGAAAUCCUGGACAAGUUGGACAAAGCAAAAAGAAACCUCAUGGACAACUAGAACAGGUCAUCGUUUCCCAACUUGUCUGUUCUGAGGGUGUUCUUAAACAAGUUUAUCAGCUUCUUGAAGGUAAUUGUUCGCAAUGUUAAGUUUACACUGGACUUUUAGACAAAUUGCAUGUUUUUUUUGUUCAUUUUGACAAGAUGGUUAGCUGUUUAUCCACUGUUUGUUUAACAAAUAAACUUCUUAAGUCUUUAAAAGAUAA